CAAUACUAUGCAUUCUAUUCUUGGUGGAUUACCUGAUGUUACAUAUUAAAGAUGCGUUUAUUAUGCAUAUUCAGAUACUGGUCUAUUUGGAAAUUAUUUGAUUGGUAAUGAAGUCUUUGCUACUUAAAUGGCUUAUGUCAGUCAAAUGGUUUUAUCUGAUUAUGCUUCAUCUGUUGGAUAAGUUGAAGUCUUUAGAGCUAGAGCCAAAGUUUUUAAUGAAUUAUUAAGUUAAGAAAGUUCAGCCAAAUAAUCAAGAGAAAUUGCUUAAUAAGUUUUGUAUCUUUUACUCAUAAAAAUUUAGCUAUUGGGGAAGAAGAGUACCAAGAAGUGAAUUUGCUAGAAGAAUCUCUGCUCUUGAUGCUGGUCAUUUAACUAGAGUUGCUACUAGACAUUUCUGGGAUAAAGUAUAGAUAUUUAAUAAUUUAAAAGGAUAUCUCUGUUGUUGUAUGGGGACCUACUCACUUAUUAGAUGCUGUUGCUCAUUAUAAUAGAUCAUGGAAGAGAAGCACUUUAGGUGGAUAUGCAUAACCUUACUAUGAAGGUUGA